AUGGGACGAUAUAACUUAACUGCACUUCGCGUGAGGCGGACAGCCCUAGCGACUACACAAUGUGGGAAGCCAGGGACGCGACAACCUUGGCUGGACGUUCUGGCAGACAUUCCUCCAGCGUCGAUUCUUGUUCGCAAUCAAGCUCCGUCACACCCUGUCGUCAAGCAACGAAUGAGAACUGUUCCGGGGAAGUCAAAACCACAGCUUGAAAUCAAAUCGUCUGCUAGCCGGAAGCAGACGUCAAAAAAACCGAGCCGCAUUUUCCAACCGAAGGAAAUACGAUACGAGGAGGACCAGCUACGAAAGGAAUUUUUCCGUGACCAUCCAUGGGAGCUUGCCCGACCACGAGUGGUUCUUGAGAAUGACGGAAAUGAUCACCGAAGAUACAAUUGGCAGAAUAUCCAACAACCGGGAAAAAAACUUGAUGGAGAAAGUGUUGUACAACGGCAACUAUAUCUCCUCAACAAUGUCCCGGAUAUGUCUAAAGGCGCUGCAUAUGAAAUUGCCCGACGUGAAUUCUACCAGCUACGUCUACAGGAAGAUGUUGAGCGAAGAGUUGCACAGGAGGAGGCCCUGGCAACAGGUGCGUAUUUCGGGCCAGAUAUGCAUACUGUUGGGAUGGAGCUGGAGAAUCAAGAAUAUGAGAAAUGGAAGGUAUGGGCUGAGAGCGAAAACCAAGCCAUGGAACAGCGUCUGGCGGCUUUCACUGGUUCUACUGGCCCUACGGAAGAGAGCGGUGAAUCCGAAGACGAAAUCCCUUUGAUAGAGGAGGAGGACGUGAUAGGGGCCUCUGAGGAAUCUGAAGCUGAAGCGCCAUCAGGGCCUCCAAUCUAG